UACAUCCCAACUUCCCCUCCUCCGCUUCUGAUUGGCUGGGCCGUUUUUAAAGGGGCAGGCGCGCUUUUUUCCCCUCUUCCGAGCCUUCACGCCCCUUCGUUGUGUGGAUGUGGUUCUCUUUCGAAGGAGAAGAAGAAGAAAGAAGGAGAGAAGGCAGCCCCGAGUUGACGGGGCGGGCGGGAUGAAGAAAGGCGCUCCCCGGCCGUUCGGACAACAACGGCGCUUCCACAACGACGACUACUACCAACAGCGCCUCGCCUUGCGACUAGGCCCCACCGCGGCGUUGCCAUGGAGACGAGGAACGACGGCGGCCGCCGAGGGGCACAAAGGGUCCCGGAGCGGCGCCUGAGGCGGCUUCCGAAGGGAAAAGACGCCGACGCCAUGGAGGUAGGCCGCGGCCCGAGCCAGGACGCCUCCCCGCCGCUUCCCCCGCCGCCCCGCUACCGCCUGGUGGCGGAAAUCGGCCGCGGGGCCUACGGCGUGGUCUACGAGGCGCUCUCCGGCCGCACGGGCGCCCGCCUGGCCGUCAAGCGCAUCCGCUGCGACGCGCCCGAGAACGUGGAGCUGGCCCUGGCCGAGUUCUGGGCCCUGACCAGCCUGCGGAGGAGGCACCCCAACGUGGUGCGCUUCGAGGAGUGCGUGCUCCAGCGGGACGGGCUCGGGCAGCGCAUGAGCCACGGCAACAAGCAGAGCGCCCUCUACCUCCGCCUCGUCGAGACCUCCCUCAAAGGUGAAAGGAUCCUGGGCUAUGCUGAAGAACCUUGUUAUCUCUGGUUUGUCAUGGAGUACUGCGAAGGAGGAGACCUGAAUCAAUACAUUCUUUCGCGUAGACCGGACCCUGCCACCAAUAAGAGUUUUAUGCUCCAGCUGACGAGUGCCAUUGCCUUUCUGCACAAGAACCACAUUGUGCACAGGGACCUGAAGCCAGACAACAUCCUGAUCACAGAGAAAUCGGGCGCUCCAAUUCUCAAGGUGGCGGACUUUGGGCUCAGCAAAGUUUGUGCUGGCUUGACUGCUCGAGGCAAAGAUGGGGGGAAUGAUAACAAAAAUGUGAAUGUGAACAAGUACUGGCUGUCAUCCGCUUGUGGCUCAGACUUCUACAUGGCUCCUGAGGUCUGGGAGGGACACUACACUGCCAAGGCAGACAUCUUUGCCCUGGGCAUCAUUAUCUGGGCAAUGAUCGAGAGGAUAACAUUUAUUGAUGCCGAGACCAAGAAAGAGCUGCUGGGGACCUACAUCAAACAGGGGACUGAGAUUGUACCCGUCGGGGAGGCGCUGCUAGAAAACCCAAAGAUGGAAUUGCACAUCCCCCAGAAACGCAGGACUUCUAUGUCUGAGGGGAUCAAGCAGCUCUUGAAAGACAUGUUGGCUGCUAACCCACAGGACCGACCCGAUGCCUUUGAGCUUGAAUCCAGAAUGGACCAGGUUACGUGUGCUGCUUAAACUCAGGUCAGACAGCGUCGGCGUGCUUUGAAAACUAGGGUUUUCUCACCAGGGACCUACAAUCUCCAUGAUUUACAUGCAUUGAGGAAAGCUGAGGAUAGUCCAGGUCAAACACCAGGAUCUCUGGCAAAGUGGAGCCCUGAAAGAUUCUUCUUAAAAGUUCCAGUGAGACACAAAAAGGGCAGAAGCAAUUCCAACCCAUUUCAUUAUGAGACUGUUAACUAUUUUUUCUAAGUUUAUGUAUUCCCCUUCCCUUCUGCCAACUCAGCUUUGUUUACCGACUAAAUCUGUGCAGGUACUUCUGGAAUUCCUCUUUCACCUAAACAAAAUACUGGGGAAAAUCUGUAUAUUUUUUCCUGCUGCUGCUAUAUACUGGAAUUCUGGGCCAAAAUGUUCAUAACAUUUGUUCUUGGUGCGGUUUUAAGCUGGGAGAGAUUCGUUUGGGGUGUUAAGACCUAUUCCUGUGUAUGAGUAAUGUUCUUGUGGCUGCUAUUGAGCCUCUGGAGGUAGAAACAAAAUGCAAGAUGGGCAAACCACCUGCCCUGAGACCCCACUUCCCUUCAUAAAACAGUUUUUGGCAGUGUUGCCUGGUUGGAAAAUGUCUCAUGAUAACACUUAAAAGUGGAAAACUGUUUUGUUAGGUGGCCCAUGAAUUAGAAACACUGUUGUAGCAAGAAGAUGCCUACAUUUCAGUGUGCCAUGUUUCACAGGUCAUGAUGUUGAUAAUAUUUGUGGAGGGUGUGCGCACAUGAGUGUGUAAUCCUGUAUAAAUGAGGCUUGUCUGUUCAACAAAAGCUUGCACUUACCAGGGACUUUUGGCUUGCUUGGUUAUGUACCUUGUUUGCUUGAAUGAGCGUGAGAGCCAAAACCUUCAGGCUGAUCCCUCUUUGUGAAUCUCUUUUGUGUUCACUGUCUAUUUUGGCUUUGAACCUGCUCGAGGACUUCGAGGAUAGAUCCUGAGUAGAUCUGAGUCACUGUAAAUGGGAGUGUAAAGCACAGUUUCUUCCUUGCCCUAAGUAGAUGCAAAUAACACACAUAUGCAUACUCACAGUUAGACUUGUCAUACAGGCUUCUGGCUUGGGAAAAAACCUGUUUCUGACAUGCCAUCAUACCUGUAGACCUAGCUGACCUCACCCAUUAAGAGUUUUGACACCACAGUUGCUGGAUGUUGUUGAGGACAAACUUCUUGCUCUGUUACUGCUCUUAGUUGGCAUUCUGUUCCUUGCACUGUCAUGAUACAUAUCAGUGAAGGAAAGCAUCUAGAUCACGGCCAUAAAAGCAAACCAAUACUUUGUCCUGGCUCACUUUUAGGAUAGUUGUGUGUAUCUUCACAAUAGUGUUGAUCCCAAUAUCUGUAGGCAAGCCUUGUGAGACUCUGGAGAAGAUGGUCUGCUCUUUGUGCUGUGCCUCUUGAAAGGCUGCUCCUUGGAAUGCAGGCCAUGAAAAAAGUCACUUUUGUCUACUGUGCUGAUCCACUCUCAUCUCCAUUACAAAUUCUUCUGGGAUGUGGGCUACCACAAACCAGCGCAUGGGUAAGCCAACUUCUUCCUUGGGUGGUAAUUUGUGGCUUAGGAAAUUUGCUUAUGGAUUCCAGACCUGCCAUUUGCAAAUUCCUUUUGGUCUUUUUAAACUAAGUCCUAAUAGUUUUGAACUUACUUUCUUUUCUCUGAAAAUCUCCACUCAAAAAACAUGAUAACUGUAUUAGAGAGAUGCCUAAGGACAAAUUGCAAGACUUGCAAAGUGGGAUAACCAACUGUAGGGAACAAAAGGUGCAUACUGCUUAAUCGAUGAGCAUUUUGGUACUCAAGAAAUGCAGUUGUAGAUUCUGGGCUUUCUGAUUUAUACCAGAAUUUAUCUUAUGAAUGGCCCUUCUGCAGUUUAUUUUAAUAGAUGACUAUCAGAUUUUAGGGGACAUUGGAACAUUGUUUCUUGUGUCUAAUAAUAAAUUCCAGCCACUGAAAUUACAGCAGUUUAAAAUAAAAUGGCAAAAUUUUUAUAAUCUAGUUACUUUCCAUCCUUCUAUGAUGUAAUAUCCCGCCCAGCAACAUUAGAGUUCUAAACUGCAAUCUUCCAAACAAUAGGAUGGUUAUUUCUCUCUCUUGAAGUUUCAUUAGAGUUGGUUUGGGUCUGGAACUCAUUUGGCAAGCAAGCUGAAACAGUUUUCUAAGAGGAGUAAGUCUUGGAAGUUUUUCAGAGCUGUUUCUACCUUCCUGUAUCACAGGGCAGCAAGAUAAAAAGAGUGAGGCCUCUGUGUUGACUAAGCCUAUGGCACACACUCCUCAUUACUAGUUAGUAAUUUUAUCAGUCAGCAGUACAGCCCAUCUUAACCUGCAUUUUGUGCACCAGAUAAACUUAUUUAGUGUUUGUACUAGAGCAUGUGCAAAUGUGAAACGUUCUUAGCGCCAAGUAGUCCUUGCCUUUCAUUUCUGCACUUUGGAUGAUGAGGGAGGAAACGAUACUCCAGUCUUUCGGAAGAGUUCUUUGGGCAAACACAUCUACACAGCUCAGUCCAUCCUAAAAACGUUACCACCUCAGUACUUCUGUAUCUUCAAACACAAACACACCCUCUCUUCUCUUUGUGCUGCAGUUAGGGUUGUGCUUUUGUUGUGGUAGCUAGACCACAGUGCCUUAUUGGAGGUUUGAAGAACUCCUGCAGAGACAGCAUUAGGCUGCAGAGGGAAGUUUCCAUUUUGUGCUCUAUUUUACUGUUGUCCCAAGUCUGCUCCUCCCUCCUGAAUCUUGCCUGGAUUGACUUUAUUCGUUGCUGACGGGGUGCCCCUAAACUCUUCACAGAUGUUUUCCUCAGUUGACCAUGUCAACUUCCAACCUAUUUCUUUUUGGGAGAAUCUAUCUAGGGAAACAGGACAGCCUUUACAAAAAAAGAAAAAGAAUGAACAUUCAGUUACCAUAGUCUUUAAAGAGAUGUCUCCAGCUCACCCUCAAUCUGGCUGCUGACUCAUCAGUUUGGGUUAUGUGUCUGAAUGAAUGUUGGUACCAAUAAAAAAAAGUUUCACCUGAGAUCCCAUUAAUUCCAGGUAAGUCUGUUUUCAUAGGGGGUUCUCUCCCAGUGGAAAUUGCUUAUCCAUUCCUGAGGGAUGUAAGAUAUCACUAACAGUCUAUGGCACAUUCUUUUCUGGCUUUCUUGUAUUGUGAGUGUGAUUUUAUUGAACUGUUUACAUCAAACUCAACUGUUUACAACUGGUGAUGCAGACUGAAUUUUGCCAGACAUUUUCUCAGAUGGAUGCCGAGGCUACUAUAGAGGGACUGUGAGCUGCCUUUCAUGCCUGGCUUCAGCUUUGCAGCGUUCUGCCAUUCACCCUCUUUCUUGGGUCUUUCAUGAACAGAACAGGGAAAGGAGAAGCCAGCUUUGAAACUGGAAGCAUUGGCAUCCCUUCAUGUGGACAAUAGGGUCUGUCCAUGUCUGCCCUCCCAUGUGCUACCCACCUAUGUGCUGUGGCAUCCCCAUUAACCCUCCAAUGCUACACACGGUUACCUCCUUGGAUCCCCAUUUCCGCAAGGGAGAAAGGACGUCUGGCCUUGCUUUGUUUUCUUCGAAUCUGGAAAAAGCUCAAGUUGUUUUCCAGCCUCUAGAGCUGCAAGUAAGAAUGAAAGCCCUACAUUUUGGUACAGCCUUGUAACAAAACCUGGGUUUAAACAUAAUGAAGGGGAAAGGGGGUGUGUGGAUUUCUUGGUCACUGGCUAUAUCAAUUUAUAUUAAUCUCACCCAGGAUUCCUCAAACUGCGGCCCUCCAGCUGUUUAGGUCUCGAACUCCCAGGAACCCUAGCCAACUUGUUCAAUAGUCAGGGAUUCUGGGAGUUUGGGGGGGGGGAGGCAAACAGCUGGAAAGCUGCCAUUUGAGCAGUUACCUCCAACACUCCAAAGGUAUAGGGCUGCAACCUUCUUAGGUUGUGUCCUGUGGGCUUUUGGGACAAAGGGGUGGUCUUGGCAAAACCAAGACAUGAAACUUGAAAUCACACUGGCACUAUGCAAAACGGUCCCACUCCCAUGUUCAUUCCACCACUUGCUGGCUGAAGAUUUUGAGAUGCCCAUGGUGGCCCUGGCCAGUUCUAUCCAUGCAAAUAUCUUCAUAGGAAUGGUGGUCCUUAGCCUGCAAUAGGGGAUGACUGGGCAUGGUUUCAUGUUGCACUGGGCCAGGACUGGGCUUGCCUUGGCUGGUAGCAGUUGAGAGUUACUGCUUGCCUGUUCAGGGUGCUACUAAAAACCAGAAGCAUGCUGUACUUGAGCCCAUGCCAGUCAUCUUUAUCAGCACAACCUUCAUAGGAGCAGAAGAGGCAACAGGGAGAGCUGAAGACACCCAACUUCCCCCUUUGAAUAAAGUUUCCCGGAAGGUUGGCUUGUCCUAUGCUCUUGCAGCUGUUAUUUCAGCAACUCACAGCUCUUUGUGGCCCCUUCAGUAUCUCUGACGUUUGUGCUGCCUUUGUUUCCUCUUGCUGCUAUUCCUGUUGUAUUUUAAGGGUCAAGGUGCUAGGAUUGGAUUGCUAUUGUCUUCCCUCCCCCUCUCUCCUUCAGGAUCCCAGACCGUGCCUCUCUGACACUGCCAGAGUCUUUUUUUAAAAAGCAAUAAAAUACCCCCACUCCACCCUAUCUCAAUAAGAGAGACACAGUCUGUGGUUCCUUGUUGUUUUUGCUUUUUUGCAUAUGUCUAAUUUUUGCAACAAAAAACCUCCCUAGUUUGAGUCUAAGCCUGCCUGGGUUCCACUCCGGCAUCCAUUAAACAAGACAACAGGUAAACAGCAUACUAUUCCCAGCUUCUUUCAACACUUAAGCGUUGGGACUAAUUGUUAUCAGAACAUUCAAAAGUAAGCUAUCUGAGAUUAAUUGUUGCCAAAAACAAAAAAGUACUGUCUGGAUUGCUUUCCUCCCAGGCAUGAAUUCAUGGGAUGCCAGGACAUGAUAAGCAAGAUGGAAAAGCUACCUCACAGCCUCCUCUUGCAAUUGGGACCCAAUGCCAGUCUCCUUUCAAGGGGGUGGGAAGAGAAUCAAAUACUAGGAGAAGAGGGAGCUCUUUCAGCUGGUCCACCUGUCUUGGAGCUGUAUCAUUUCAGUUUGCAGCAGGAGAAGGAGAGAAGCAUGCAAUGGGUUCCUCUGCCUGAGGAAAACACUUGGAAAACUGACAUUGUGGGGAGAGAGGCGCCAGCCUUCUCCUUGGCCUCUUCAUAUGGCAAAGCAGAAGGGCAUGCUCUCAUGUUGAAAGAACUUUCUCUUACAUAAUCCCUGAAAUGGUGUGGCAAAGAUACAUGUAGGCCACCUUAGCGUGAGAAUUAAGUCAACACAGAGACUGAGAAAUGACUCCUGUUUUUAUACAUAUGAAUUUGACCUCAGCCCUUCAACCUACACAUUUGUGCAUAACAUGGAAAGGUUUAAACCCAGGCGUCGCAAAACAGUUUCCGAUGUUUGUCUUUGGAAAAAAAUAAAAACACCUCCUUUUUCUUUGCACAGAAGCUGGUAAUCUAGGACCUGUGUGUGAACAACUUUAUAUUUUUGUUAUAAAAAAAAGAAGAAAAAGAAAAAUUGGUUUACUUGGGUUGGUGUGAGACAUUGUAUUUAAGUUCCUUUUGAACACUGUGGAAAUCCUGAUUGUGUGUGAAUGGCAGCAGCUUUGUAAAUUAAAGAGACAGUUUGUGUGAAUAAAGGUAGUGGAUGGGGUUGAUAAGCCAUACCCAGUUUUAAAA